AUAUCAUUGUAGUAACAUCUUUAGUUUUUUAUUAACAAAAUCUAUGGAAUCACUAGUCCAAGCUCUACUUUCUUUCGACUGUGUUUUAACAAGUACCAUUCUCAACAAUGUCUGGGCAUGCAUGGCCAUUUUAACCGCAUGUUCUAUCAGCUUCUUCUGGACUAUUAUUAAAUCUUAUUUGUCUCGGCGAUCUCGACAAGCUUCAUCUCCCUCUGUUUCCCCUCAAAAGCCUGAUGUGGCUCAUUCAUGCAGCCCACAAGUGUCUGAACCGGUGUCACGCAAUAUAGUUUCGACUCCGGCUUUGGAUUGCGCUGACGGGGUGAUUAAGAGAGGUAAAUUUGUGGUUUAUUAUUAUGAUGAUGAGGUUCGAGAGGAGGAUUAUAUAAGAAAUGAAGCGUUUGAAGAGACGGAGUAUAAACAUGUGGUUCCUGAUGAUAGUGUUAAAUUUUGGUGCAGGGACUUGGAUAUGGGGUGGUAUCGUUACUUGGAUUUAUCGGUGUUUAGCGGCAAUGUUGUUAGAUGUUGGGACUAAAAUCUAGUCCAGUUUUGUUUGAAAAUUAAUAUUUGUAUAAAUCAAUCCAUAUAUAUAAUGUUAAAGUCGAAAUAUUAAAAUUUUGAUUGAUACAA